AUGCCGAAGCCGAACUCGAUCGUGCCAUUGUAUCCGGUCUACAAGGUCAAACUCCGUCUCUCCGUAGGCGAUCCCGACAUGCCGAGCUCUGUCUUCCAUACCAUCAUCUUUGUGGAGACUGGAACCCAUGGCCACGGCUCUGGCAUGCAGCACUAUGUCACCGGCGACAUUGUGCAAGGCAUGCAUUACGAAGCAAAGCACUGUCCUGGCCACAGCAAGUCAGAGAACCUGUACUCCAAGGAACUCAUCGGUCACGUCGAGGCCUCGAGCUACCCCAAAGAAAUCGACAAAGUUCUCCGCGCGCUGCCAGCACCGCCCAGGCAAAAGGCAUUCAACAAGUCCACGAUGAGGACGGAGCCCGUCAAAUCCUGGGAUCCCGUGACCUUUUAUGGCCCGGGCGAUGUCCGCGAGCCGUUGAAGAAGUGCACCGAAUGGACAGAAGAUGAUGCCAUCCCGGCCCUGAUCAAUUCGGGUGCCCUUGUGCAGAAAAAGUAA